UUCUUCCUAUAAGCAUUUUUGGGAGCUGUGGUCACCACCAAUCGAUCCUUUGAGAAGAGAGAACAGCCAAGUAACUGAAGGCAAACUAUAGAACAUACAUCUCCUGGCUUUCUUGGGAACUAGGAGACUGUGUACCAUGUCAUAUCCUCAGUUUGGAUACCCAUAUUCUUCUACCCCACAGUUCUUAAUGACCACCAACUCUUUGUCAACCUGCUGUGAAUCCAGUGGGAGAACUCUGGCAGAUACAGCUGCAGCUUCUGGUCAAACCCCAGUUUACUGUCCUGUAUAUGAGAGCAGGCUACUAGCCACUGCUAGGCAUGAACUUAACUCUGCAGCUGCCCUGGGGGUCUAUGGAAGCCCUUACACAGGCACUCAGGGUUAUGGCAACUAUGUUACCUAUGGGACUGACGCCUCUGCUUUUUAUUCCUUGAAUACAUUCGAAUCAAAAGAGGCCACUGGAUCUUCUCACCCCAGUAUCACCCAGACAGCUGCCUAUUACCCCUAUGAUCACACCCUCAGCCAGUAUCAAUAUGACAGGUAUGGCACAAUGGAUGGGGGAACACGAAGGAAAAAUGCUACCCGAGAAACCACAAGCACUUUGAAGGCCUGGCUGCAGGAGCACAGGAAGAACCCUUACCCCACCAAAGGGGAGAAGAUCAUGUUGGCCAUCAUCACCAAAAUGACCCUCACCCAGGUCUCUACAUGGUUUGCCAAUGCAAGGAGGAGACUCAAGAAGGAAAACAAGAUGACUUGGCCUCCAAGGAACAAGUGCUCAGACGAAAAGAGGCCAUAUGAAGAGGAUGACGAGGAAGAAGAUGAUGAAUCUCAGAAGGGCAACGCCAAGAAUGACAAGAAAAUGGAUGAUGACGGAGCCGGGAGGGAGCACAAAGAGUUGGACCUGAGCGAUCUAGACGACUUUGACACAAUAGAGUCUGAAAGCUCUGAGUGUGAGCUCAAGCAGUCGUUUCACCACCAGUCCCAAGAGGGUCACCAGAUAAGACCCCGAGAUUGCGCCAGUGACCACUGUAAAGAAGUUACUCUCAAGAUGCCUAUUGCAGGUUCCACAGUCGACCAAGAUUUGGGCAGGGCAAAGAACUGCCUCAAGAGUGUGGUUGAUGAUUGUGAGCAAGACUUAAUGAGAGUCAGACAGAGAGGAUGUGAAUCAAAAUUAUGUUUUCAACAGCAGGGUCAGCAAAUUUUGGAUUCCAAACCAAGAAUAUGGUCCUUAGCUCAUACAGCCACCUCGUUGAAUCAAACGGAGUACCCAUCGUGCAUGCUUAAGCACCAAGGAUUACCAUCUCCAUCUUCUUCUUCUUCCUCUUCUUCUGCUGUCUCCACUCCAGUUUGCGUAAUUGACAGGAGACAAGAUUCUCCAGUAACCAGUCUCAGAAAUUGGGUGGAUGGAGUUUUUCAUGACCCAUUGUUUAGACACAGUACUUUGAACCAGGCACUCACUAACACCACAGUUUCGUGGGCUACCACAAAAGGAGCCAUUCUUGAAAAUGGUUCUUUAGGACGUUCUAUUGGAAACCCUGCCAACAUGAUUAAAGGUCAAGUGACCAACUUAACCCAGGACACAAAUAAGGAAUUUAUCGCAUUCCCAAAGUCUGGGACCAAAAUGUUCUGUUCCUAACAUGUUAACAUGUACUAUGAACACUAGAAAAAAGAUGUAACAGAGGACAUAUCAACAGUGGGGUUUCUAUUAACCUUAAACCCCCCCCCCCCCUUUAAAGGACUACUGCUUCAGAUUCUGUUGAACCAUUCAAUUUUUAUUUUAUUUAUCUUUUCUUUAAGAGUUCGGUGUUGUGACAGUUAUUUAAUUCAGUGUCUAAAGAGCACGGACUACUUUAUGUGUUGGAGUAAUUAUGGUUUACAAAUCUCAAGUUUACAAAAGAUCAAGAAUAAUUUCAAUGCUAUAUAAUUUAAACAGCAUGCUAGAUUAGUUAUAGAGUCAUCGAGAUAUUCUGGUUUUGUUGUUAGUGAGUCACAAACAGCACUUCUUCCAAGUUUACACUAAUGCACAUGUUGGACUGACAAUUCUAUUUGUUCCCUACAAUAAAUUGAGAGGUAAAACAAGA